CCUCAUAGUUCGUCAGUUGUUAUCUGCAAUCCUUCGGAGUUUUAUCCAUCGCUCAGUGCAAUACCGUUAAAUAAAACACUUAAACAUGGUUAAGCUAAUUUGUCUUGUUUUCACUUUGAUUUUCUGUGCAGUAUUAUUUUCAUCUCAAGCGCUGCCCACUCCGGACGAGGAGCGUUACAUGGAAAAAGAUUACAACCGCGAAUUGUUGAAUUGGCUCAACUCCAUACAAUAUCCACAGCCUUAUGCAGCCCCUUGCAAAUAUUAUCCGAUCAAUAGUUUGACUGGACCUGUACCAAAAAGAAACUCGGAGUUAAUCAAUUCAUUGCUUAGCCUGCCAAAAAGCAUGAACGAGGCUGGAAAAUAAACUAUGUAAUAAAAUAUAUGUAUGUGCCACUGAACUAAUCUUCUCUGUAUGUAAUUUAAAAAUAUAUAGCUAGAUACAUCCGUUUCGAAGGCAACAGGCAAUGGAAGAGAUUAAGUAUUCCCUAUACAAAUACAUUUUUUUAGUAAUAAAUUGUAAAACAAUUGAAAUAUACUCUACUGUAUCACGAAUUAUAUAAAGAUGUAACACGUAAAGUGCUUUAAUAAUAAUGUUGUUAAUAAUAUCGUUAUAAAUCAUCAAAUAAAAGUAAUUGAAAUAUAAAAGAA